AUGGGUCUUGGAUUUGGCAAGGCAUUUGAACAGCUCAUUGACCAAGACUCUAAGUCUUGGAAAACUGAUAUUUUGAAUGCUUUGUUUGAUGAAGAUACUGUUAAAAGGAUUACUGACAUAAGAAUUCCUAUUGCAGGUAAGGAUAAGCUAAGAUGGGAGCCUUCCAACAAUGAAGUGUUUACUAUAAAAUCUGCUUACAAUUCCAUAUUGAAUGAAAACUUAGAUGUUAAGCCAACUAAGAACAACUUAGACAUUUGCUGGAAAACCUUUUGGAGAUAUAAACUAUCUCCCAGGAUACAAUACUUCAUAUGGAAAUUCCUACAUGGUUGGAUUUCUACUAAACAUACACUUGCUAGGUUCACUAGACAUAAAGAUAGUAGUCGUGCUAUCUAUAAUGGUAACCUUGAAACUAUUCAAUAUUUGUUCUUUGAUUGCCAUCAUGUCAGACAUAUAUGGGAUGCAGUUAACUCUAGAUUAACUAUUAUCCUUCAGGGUCUAGAUUUACAUAAGUGGAUGUGUAGUUUCUUUUUAAAAGCAAACAUUUCUGUACCCAAGGAUUUUAGUAUGUAUGAGAGUAUAGAGGACUGGAUUAGUGCUAAAAAUAUACAAAACAGUAGCAAUAAUACACUGAGAAUAACUGAUAAGAUCUGGAAGGCUCAUGCUAAUGAUAUAUACAAAAUAAACUUUGAUGCUUCCUUUAUUGCUAAAACUGUACUAUCAGGAUGGGGACUGAUCUGUAGAGAUUCUGCAGCAAACAACUAUGGACUGCGAGGAGGUGCAUCUCUAGCCAUUGAUCCAGAGCAAGCUGAAGCGCAAUCUCUCCUAGAAGCAGUACAAUGGGCAUGCAGAAAUGGGUGGCGAAAGAUUCACUUGGAAGGAGAUUGUCAGAAUAUUAUAGCAACUGUGAAUGGGAAGGCUACAUCAGUUAAAUGGGUUUGCACUUAUGCUCAUAGGGAAGUAAAUCACAUUGCAGACUCUAUAGCAAAGAGCCCAAACAAUCUGUUUUUGUUGGUUAAAUAA